AUGGGCGACGAACAGCCUCGUCUCCGGGACCUCAUGCGAGGAUGCACAGAUUCGCAGCCUAGACUCGGGUCCACGCCUGUCGCAAGACCAGAGGGCAAUACUGUCCAGCAAAAUCCUAUGGAGAGCUUCGUUCCGCCCCUGACCCGCCACAACACUUGGGAAAACUUCGACUCUGCGCAUGACGAACCAUUCAACGGACAACGAGCGAGCGACCUGAGGAUGACGAUUCAGCAAUCUGCAGAGCCAUGGAGUAUACAAAGACCUCAUUUUGUCCCGCCAAGAAUGCCACCAAGCAAGCGCUUAUCGUCUCAACAGUUCAAACUCUGCGUUCACCUUGCUACAGCUAUCAUCCUGAGGGUCAAGGUGGGUGAUAAUGCAACGGUGGACGCUCUGAGACCACAGCUGGUACGCUUUCAGGGAGAGCUCCACGACGAGGACCAUGAAGCUUUCCAAGACAGAGCUGAGAAGCGGUGUCGAGUCGAUCGUGCGCUGCAAGGAAGCGACCAAAAGCUGAAGAAAGUGUCUCUGAGGAAGAUCGGCGCGGCAAUCGCGAUAAUCCCGCUGUGCCCUGAGAAUCGUGGGGACGCGGCCUAUACAUUUACGCGUGAUCUAGAGAAGAUCUUUGAUGGCGUGUAUGAGCGAGAUCUUGAGGCGUAUUUUGAGGACAACUUCAUUGAUAGGAUGUACGACUACAUCCGCAGCAGGGGCUUCCUCCAGCAUUUCCACGACAGGGUCGAGGUGUUUCGACGCUCCGACAGCAUGUCUCCAAACUCGGGCAAUGAUGAAGGUUCCAAUGCCAACAAGACCCCGAAGACACCUAGGACUACUCACGACACUACACCAAAUAUCAACUCGAUGACAGGCACAGCGGGUCCACCGCGCUCAUGCUUCAUCCCGGGCACGUAUUACUGGCCUGACAAGCUACCAGGCUACAAGCCACCUCCGCUCAUCGAGUCCUCGCUCAACCGACCUCCAUUGCCACCGUGGACCAAGACAGAGGAGAAUCAGAAGCAGCAUGGUUGUCCGAGGUUUUGCACCUGCAGCACAUGUCACGUCAGAAAGGAGAACGGCUGUGCUUACCUGUACUCAGCCAAUCGCUCUGAAGGCGGCAGGCUCCCUGAGUUCAACACCGACACGAACUGCGGCAUCGAUUGUCCGAACAUCUGCAUCUAUUCUUGCUACUGCGAUACAUGCAAGACCAAGGGCAUCAACGGCUACCGUCCAAGCCCAAAGCAGAUCCGCGAGGCGGAAAGGGAGGCCGAGGAGGCGCGCUUGAGCACGCGAGCGGGUCGACGAGAGCAGCGCUUGAAGGAGAGAGCUGAGCGCAAAGCAUACGAGGCGUACGAAGCAUCUAUGCGCACACGCCGCCAGCCAACGGAGGCCGAGCGUGAGGCUGAGCGUGAGGCAGAUGCCAUGAUGCGGGAAGGCUAA